GCGUCGCAAUGUGCCGCACAUUGGACGGGUGAAAAUAAAAGACGGAAAAGAGAGGCGAAGAUCGGAGCGCGCGCGCCGAGAUGCGAUGGAUGGAUGAGUUUCGUCCAUGAGGCACAUGCGCCUGCAACUUCUACCAGAUUCUUCUUUCUAAAACUCUGUGUGUGUAUGUGUUGCGUGUACGUGUAAUGUUUAGUAUGUUGUGUGUUGUCGACAAACGACCCCCAUCCACGAUACGGCCCUCGAUCCAGCCGCUCGACAAACUCCGCAUCCACGCGCUUCACUGUUUGCUUAAACUUGUGUGUUUGUGCGUCUUUUUUUUUUAAAUUCACAGUCGGAUUGCCAGCACACCACCAUCCGUGCAUCAACUCUUGCAUAAUUAAAAGACGAAUUGGAUAAACGAGCAAUGGGUGUAGACGACGAGCGGCAUUCAAUUUGUUGAGUCGGAAAGGUUUAAAAAAGAAAAAGAGGCCCACGCUGGAUAUAAAUUUUAUUGCGACGGAAAGUGUCAGUGGAGUAUUCGAAUAGUGAAGGCAUGAAAUAUUACCCGCCGCUCAACCGCCGUUCGCACGCGACAUUUUACGUGACUAAUUCGACCCAUCCAUCACGGGAUUCUUCUCUUUAAUUACUCGUUCGUUUCUGAUUUAGUGUUUUACAUCUAAUUUCCCCCCCCCUCUCCUUUGUCGUUCACAUAAGCGUAAACAAAGCUCUUGGCACCUGAUCCUCAAAUUUCUCACACAAGAGAUCCUGGGCCUUUUCCUCACGCGCCUGCUCAUUAAAGCAUAAAACACGGGGGUGGAAACGUUACAAGAAAUUAAGGAGCGACGAUAACGUAGAUGGAAAAAAAUCAAAUCUAACGCAAAAGAGCGAACGAUUGAAUUAAUUUAAAAACUCAAAAAGAAAAAAAAAACAAAAUGAUUAUCGGGGCCAAUUUGCGAUUUGGUGGGAGUGGCGGAACAACCAACGGAACGAGAACUUUCAACUGUCCGGCAAGCAGUUCAACCGAAGCCAGCCUACUCUAUCUCAUUGCCGUUCUAGGCGUUGUGACCAACGUGGCCGUUAUGUUGCUCAUUCUUGGACGGGCGACGCUUAGAAGAUGGUCGCAGGGCUUGAUCUUGCACCAAGCGGCAGUCGAUUGUACGAGGGCGACAAUGCUAUUACCAUUGGCUCUGAGCCACCAUUUCUGCCGGCCGGUUGCACAGUGUUCCAUCUUUGAAACCGUUUUUUUGUUGCUCGCCACCGUAUCUGCCGUCAACCUCUUGACCACCGUUCUUAACGACACACCGCUCAUGCCCGAUGACGAUGGUAUCGACAUCGACUGGCUCGUCAACUCGCCCGACACGUCCCACUGGCUCCAGGACGACGACGAAGACCAAGAAAACCCCACCAAGCAUCCGGCGGCAGCGGCGGAUGGAGGUUUCAGCGCCAACGUAGGCGCCCGCCUACUGGACGCUCCGCAUUGCGUCCUUUUUGGCAUCACCAUGAUCUGGUUCGCGGCCAUUACCGUUAAUCUAGGUCCGACCUUCAUCACGGGCGCGCUGGCCAACCACGUCGAAACGACGCCCCUUCAUCCGGCCUGUCCACUCAUUCAGACGCCCUACAGGCACUACAUCGUCAAUUUGCUGUGGGUGAUCGUCAACUCGCUCUGUCUCAUCCUCACUGUCACGCAUCUCUACCGACUCCAUCGCGACCUCAUCCGAUCACGCAAACAGGCCGUCCGCGUCACCGGAGUUGUGGCGACUAUUGCCGGUCCAGCAGUGGCAGGAAAUACGGACGACAACAGCAACUUUCACAAACUGCUGAGACGACUCGAGUGCGAGGGCUUACAACGCAUCCGCAUGUUCACAACCAUCUGCAUUGUUUACGCUCUCUUUUGGGGCCCGCUUUUUCUAGUGGUGGCCUUUGGGAGUCGGGCAAGUGAAGAGGGACGCGGACUCGCCUCGGUUGGCCCACCCAAAGACCCCGCAUCUCACCAGGUCACGCUCUACAUUUGUUUCGCUCACGCUUUCAUCAAUCCGACAGUCUUCCUACUCCUACACUCGGGCCUCAGAGAAGCUGCCUGCGCUGUUUUGUCCUGCUGCUUUGGACGCGAUUGCCGAAGUGGCCACCAUUCUCCCGACCCUUCAUCAGGCCACUACGGCGAUGGUAGGGCAGGAUCGUUUGACCAUCGGAGUCAUCACCUGCAGCCGCAAAGACGACCUCCGGCGACGCUAACAGGGCUCGUUGAUUACGAUCGAAUUAUCAAUUUCAACGGAGGGCCAAGUUUCCUAUCACCGGUACACACAUUCUCGCCCACGCUGGCCGCACCGUCUUCUUCAGCAGUGGCGGAUUCUCGGCCAAUGUGAGUCGUCGGAAACUGUCAUUUGACAGUCAAGAUGAGCGACCAAGAGCCGGAUACAAAAAAAACGACCCAAACCAUCUUCGUUUUACCGAACAAAGAACAACAACAACAACAAAAAAAGAAAAAGCGUGCUGCUGGAAUUGCACUCAUCUAGAGGCCGGCCCAAGUGUGUUCCUUUAUACUUUCUUCUUUCGACAUUUCUUUUCCUUCAUCGUAUUUCAAGAUCUGUUUGCAAUGUAAGCCAAACGGGGAGAAAACGGAGGGAAACUCGGUCUAAAAAAAGCGCAAUGACGGCCUGGCGGACCAUUUUUUUCCCCAAGGCGCGAGCAAAGAUCAUGGCAUGUUUGUCUUUAUUUAGUGAUACAUAGAUAUCGGUCGGAGCCAAGAGCAGUGCUAAGGGCCAAAAGCAAAUCAUCCAGAAAGCCUUUCCAAUUUGUAAAAAAAAAAAAAUGGGGGUACGAAGAAGAUUCAAUUCCUGCGCAACACAGUAGCUCUCUCUCUCUCUCUCUUUUUUGCUAUCUCUAUCUCUCUAUGUAGCUGCCUUCUAGCCCUCACAAUUUUGUAUAACGGCUGCGCACUCAUCCAACAGUAACCAACAAAGAAAGGAAAGGAACCAUUUUGAUUCAGAGAAAAUGCAAUCUUACUUGUUCAAAGCCUCCUAGAAGUUCAGUUGUAUCCAUCGCUGAGUUGGUAUUCAGGACGUCGAGGGGAUGGCCGGUCAGCUGGGCUACCAAACGCACCAGGCUCGUUUUCCCACUGGCCCUCGGGCCAACCUAGUUGAAUAUUUCAUUGAAACUGUUACUUCAGCUGUCAAGAUCAAUAUAAUUUCAGUUUAACUUAAGCAAAAUAAAAACAGAAAAAAAAAAAUGUAGCGUAGGCCAUGGCAGCAAAUGAACCCUUCCAUUUUGUCAAUACAUAAAGCAUGAUUAGAAAUGUGCUUAUUCUGGCUUCUUCUAUGUAAUUUGAACAGCCAAACCUGUUGAGAGCAAUGUGUGGGGUAUAACUUUUAAUUACUUUCUCUGUUGAUGAUUCCCAAAACUUGUAAAACUCAAAACUAAUACAUUUAAUGCUCCAACAUA